AUGUCCGACCAAGCGCCGUCGCGCUUUACGGCGCCCAAUCAAACCACUACCGAAAGAUUGUCGAGCAACACCGUCGGCCUCGUCCAGCUCUCCGACUUCCGCAAGCGACGCGCCGAAGUCCUCGAUCAGCAAGAACGCGAACGAGAAGCCGCCCUCUCCGGCACCUCCACCCCCAAUCGAUCACACUCGGAGACGCCUGACCCCGGUAGUGAUUCGGGCAGCGGCGCGAGCAAGCCGAAGAAGAAAAAGAAGAAGGUCGGCGGCAGCAAGCUGUCUUUCGGCGACGAUGAGGAAGAGGAAGAGGAGGGCUCGGUGCCGAUAAAGAAGGGCAAGAAGGAUGCGGAAAAGGAUGGCGCCGACAAGGGAGAGAAGAAAACCAAAGUCGUCGCGAACUCUUCCGUGGCGUUCGUGCCCAAGGUCAUGUCCAAGGCUGCCUUGCGACGCGAGGCUGCGGAGAGAGAGGCUUUGCGACGCGAGUUUCUGGCCAUCCAGGAGGCUGUAAAGGCCACCGAGAUCGCCAUUCCCUUUGUUUUCUACGACGGCUCCAACAUACCCGGAGGAACGGUGCGCGUCAAGAAGGGCGACCACGUCUGGGUGUUUUUGGACAAGAGUCGCAAGGUCGGAGCAGAACUGGGAGUCGGAGAAAAGGCCAAUGCACGGAGAGAAUGGGCACGAGUUGGAGUGGACGACUUGAUGCUUGUGAGGGGGUCGAUAAUUAUUCCGCAUCACUACGAAUUCUACUUCUUCAUUAUCAACAAGAGUACCGGCCCCGAUGGCCAGCAGUUAUUCACAUAUUCCGCGGAAGCUCCUCCCAAGACAGAAGAGUCUGAGACCGAGGAGGCUCCCGCGGUCCCCGACGGUGGCCUGACUACCGCGGCGGCGCUCAGGGCCAAGGCGACCGCGGCGAAGGCGCUCCCCGAUAUCAAUACCCUCGAGGGUGCGACCGACGACGCGACUCUCACGAAGGUGGUGGAUCGGCGCUGGUAUGAGCGCAACAAGCACAUCUACCCAGCGAGCAUGUGGCAGCAGUUCGACCCCGAGAAGGAUUACCAGAACGAGGUUCGGAAGGACGCCGGCGGUAACACUUUCUUCUUCUCGAGGUGA